UUCCGAAAAAUUUCCGGCUCAAACUUCUUGCAGUUUGCAAUUGUUUUUGAGAAAGCGCGACAUUCAUCGCAGAAAAGUGAUAUUUUCCUUGUUUUCCACGUAUUUCAUCAUAUUUUGUGAGUUGUAAAAGUUUACCUAGAACCAUCAUGGAUCUCAAUGAGGAGAAUUUUCGCCUCUUGGCUCAGUACUUGCAGCAAACGCUGAACCCGGACCCAAACAUCCGACGCCCUGCUGAGCAGUUCUUGGAGGGUGUGGAGGGCAAUCAAAACUAUCCGAUUCUGCUGUUGCACCUGAUCGACAAGGAGGAUUUGGAUAUGACUAUCCGGGUGGCGGGAUCUGUGACAUUUAAGAAUUAUGUAAAGAGGAAUUGGUACUAUGAUCCGGAAGAGGGUAAGCCGGACAAAAUCCAUGAGACAGAUCGAACGGCUAUUAAGACGCUGAUUGUGACACUGAUGCUGAAGAGUCCAACAGCGACGCAGAAGCAACUGAGCGAUGCUGUGAGUAUCAUUGGAAAGUACGAUUUUCCGGACAAGUGGCCACAGUUGAUUGAUGAGAUGGUGGAAAAAUUUGCCACUGGAGACUUCAAUGUGAUCAAUGGGAUUCUCCAGACUGGCCACAGUCUGUUCAAGAGGUAUCGGUAUGAGUUCAAAAGUCAGAGUCUCUGGGUGGAAAUUAAGUUGGUCCUGGAUAAACUGGCUAAGCCUCUGACGGAUCUCCUGGUGGCCACAAUGAAUCUUGCCACGACUCAUGCGGGAAAUCAGCAAGCCCUAAAGGUCAUUUAUGGAUCCCUCGUACUUGUGUGCAAAGUCUUCUAUUCCCUGAACUAUCAGGAUCUUCCGGAAUUCUUCGAGGACAACAUGAAUACCUGGAUGCCCAGCUUCCACAAAAUGCUCACCACGGAUGUUCCUCUGCUGCGAACGCCAGAUGAUGAAGAUGCUGGAGUUCUGGAACAGCUCAAGAGUCAAAUCUGUGAAAAUCUCUGCCUCUACGCCCAGAAAUACGACGAAGAAUUCAGCCCAUUUAUGCCACAAUUCGUGACAGCUGUCUGGGAACUCCUGGUGAAUACUGGCAUCCAGACAAAGUACGAUACACUCGUCUCUCAUGCACUGACUUUCCUGGGAACUGUGGCAGAUCGUACGCACUACAGGCAUCUCUUUGAGGAUCCCAAUGUCCUGGCCAGUAUCUGCGAGAAAGUCAUCAUCCCCAAUAUGGAUUUCCGGAAGUCCGAUGAGGAACUCUUCGAGGACAAUCCGGAAGAGUACAUCCGGCGGGAUAUCGAAGGAUCAGACAUUGAUACUCGCCGACGGGCAGCCUGUGACCUGGUCAAGAUCCUCUCGCAGAAGUUCGAGGCUAAAAUUUUUGAGAUCUUCAGUCAGUACCUCCAGGUCCUCCUCACGCGUCACUCAGAAAAUCCCCAAGCCAACUGGAAGGCCAAGGAUACUGCCAUCUUCCUGGUCACUUCCCUAGCUUCCCGCGGAAGUACCCAAAGGCACGGAGUCACUCAAACGUCAGAACUCGUGCCCCUGCCGCAAUUCUGCCAGCAGCAUAUCAUUCCGGAAUUGGAGAGGAGCAAUGUCAAUGAGAUGCCUGUGCUCAAGGCAGACGCCCUGAAAUUCCUGAUCAGCUUCCGGAGCUGCCUGGAGACGUCCAGUGUCGUUGCUUGUCUGCCGCUUAUCAUCAGGCACUUGCAGGCCCAGAGUGUCGUUGUGCACAGCUAUGCUGCUUGUGCCAUUGAGAAAAUCCUGAUGAUCCGAAUCCCUGGUCAGAAGUCUCCAGUAACAGCCACAGAACUGUCUCCAUUGGCUGGAGAUUUGUUCAGUGGACUGUUUGGGGCACUAGAGAUGGCCGGUUCGAUGGAGAAUGAGUAUGUGAUGAAGGCCAUCAUGAGGAGUACGUCGGUUCUGCAGGAGGCCGGUCUACCUUUCAUGGGUUCCAUUGUACUUCCGCGUCUCACACAAAUUCUCACAGUUGUCUCAAAGAAUCCCUCAAAGCCCCAUUUCAAUCACUACCUCUUCGAAACUCUGUCGCUGUCGAUAAAGAUUGUGUGCAAGGCUCAGGCGAGUGCUGUUGAGUCCUUCGAAGAGGCACUGUUUCCCAUCUUCCAGGCCAUUCUGCAGCAGGAUAUCCUAGAGUUCAUCCCGUAUGUUUUUCAACUGCUGUCGCUGUUGCUGGAAAUGAGGGAGGGAGUUUCUCAAAUUCCAGAACCCUACAUGGCUCUGUUCCCUUUCCUCCUAUCACCGUUGCUCUGGGACCGUCCCGGGAAUGUAACACCGCUCAUCCGGCUGAUCUGUGCAUACAUAAGACAGGGAUCGGGGCAAAUUGUAGCAUACAGCAAGUUAAAUGCCGUUCUGGGAGUUUUUCAGAAGAUGAUCGCCUCAAAGUCGAAUGAUCACGAAGGAUUCUAUCUCCUGCAGACCCUUCUCCUGCACUAUCCCAUGCAGGAGCUCCAACAGAGCCUCAGGCAGAUCUUUGUCCUACUUUUCCAGCGACUUAGCCUCUCCAAAACAACAAAGUACAUUCGCGGAUUGAUAAUCUUCUUCAGUUUCUACGCUGGCAAAAUUGGAAGUGCGAAUCUUGUGCAGAUGAUCGAUGAGAUUCAGGCUCAGAUGUUUGGAAUGGUUCUGGAUAGGGUGUUCAUUCCAGAACUCAAUCGAGUAUCCACGGACAUAGACAAGAAGAUUGUAGCUAUAGGGAUCGCCAAGAUUCUCUGUGAAUGUCCAAGUAUGGUGAAUGAACCCUAUGUCCAGUUCUGGCCACGCCUCCUGGAGUCCCUCCUGCAAAUCUUCGAGGCUCAGACUGAGGGCUCUGGAGGAGGCGAUGAUGAUUUUAUUGAAGUGGAAGAUACACCAGGAUAUCAAGUGGCCUACUCCCAGCUCAACUAUGCCCAACCCAAAGUCAAUGAUCCGUAUCCGGAAGUGACGGACGGAAGGAUAUUUUUGGUGCAGAAUUUAGCAAAAGCAUCAGUUGCACAGCCAGGAAUGAUUCCGCAGCUCCUCAACAAAUUGCCCGUUCUGCCCAAGGAAAUUCUCAACAAAUACUGUGCCCAAGCAGGAGUUCAGAUCCAUUAGAACAAUUGCGGAGAAGCUCUGAGAACUUUAAGCAUUUUCUGGAAUGAUGCCCCUUUGUUUUUUUUUACAUUUAAUUAAAGAAUUAAUUGUAAUAAAUUGAUACUGAUUUUGUGAAAUAAAUUUAAUUAAAAGUCA